GCUACCGAACCAGCAGCAACAGCUAACAGCCAGCAGCUAUCUCUGUUGGGGGACGCGGCGUAUUAGCAUGCAAAAGUUUAGAAACACAGGUUACUUGUCCUGAAUAGAGACAAGAACAACGCUGUGCAACACCUGACACGGCUGUCGAAAACAUGAAAUACAGCUGGCUUUCGUAAUAACCAGUUAUUUGCGUUAUUUCGAGCUUCAAAUGUGUGAAAAGUCGCUCGGUGUUACCUCGUCGUUGAACAAGAUGGCAGCAGCAGCAACGUCGGUGCAGGAUUUCACUGUGGUGCGGUUCAGCGUUGCUAGACUGUUCCUUGACGCUCUGGGUGAUAUUAUUUAUAGCUCUUAUUGAAGGUAUGGCCUCACAAGUCUUGCUCUACCCAUCACACCUGCUCUUAGCUCAAACAAGUGCCUUAGGAACCAGCAGCAGUAGUACGAGCAGACAUAAAGACGAAGCCCACCACAGUAAUAACACCAGCAGAACCUUUCAGCAACGAUUCGCAUCCAAGACCUACGUGAUCGGAGUCAACUACGGUAUCGCUUAUCCCAACAACGUUGUCCCAUCCUCCACUGUUGCAGAUUCAGCAACACUGCAGCUCGGAGACGGGGAGGAGUGUGAAUUGCAGACUGCAGGAUUACAGAGAGAAGAGAGACGGGCGGAAGCUGGGAACCAGGAGUCCCUUUGCCAGAGUCGAGGCCCACAGGAAGUGAGGCUUCGUAGAGACAGCGGUGGAACUCCAUCAGCAGGAGGCUUGGACUGCGGGCUGCUGAGCAGAGCCUGCAUCAGAGCAGAGGAAGAAGAGGGCAGAAGAGUAGAAGCGAGAGGAGGAUACGUCAACCUUCUAGACACAGGCGCCAUCCAGACAUGUGAGCAGAAGGCAGGCGAAGGUGGAGAACAUCCGCGGGUGAACAACUGCGUCAUGCAGAUAGUGGAGGAGGUAUCAGCUCUACCUUCACUUCCUGCCCCUUUGGCCAUGUUGCAAACCAGCAGCAUGAACAAUGCAGACCGUGUAAGAGCAGGGACUGGAGGGACACUGCCCACUCAGCCGCUACCCGCCAUGGGAAUCAGGGGGGAGGGGACCGACAUUAAGCCUAAUGGCAAUACUGAGGCAGCGGCAGGAGCUACGGUGACCAGAACCGGAUCAGCAGAUGGUGACUAUCAGCUGGUUAAGCACGAGGUCCUGUGCUCCUUGAAGAACAGCUAUGAGGUGUUGGAGUUUCUGGGUCGGGGCACCUUUGGUCAGGUGGUGAAAUGCUGGAAAAGGGGGACAAAUGAAGUGGUGGCAGUCAAAAUACUGAAGAACCACCCAUCCUAUGCACGCCAGGGACAGAUCGAGGUGGAGAUCCUGGCACGGUUGAGCAGCGAAAACGCAGAUGAGCACCAUGUGGUGCGUGCUCUGGAGUGCUUUCAGCACCGCAGCCACACCUGUUUGGUGUUUGAGAUGCUGGAGCAAAACCUUUAUGACUUCCUGAAGCAGAACAAGUUCAGUCCCCUGCCACUCAAAAUCAUCAGGCCCAUUCUGCAGCAGGUGGCAACAGCCUUAAAGAAGCUCAAGUGUCUCGGUUUGAUCCAUGCUGACCUGAAGCCAGAGAACAUCAUGUUGGUUGAUCCUGCCAGGCAGCCCUACAGAGUCAAAGUCAUCGAUUUUGGCUCAGCCAGCCAUGUCUCCAAGGCGGUGUGCUCCACUUACCUGCAGUCCAGAUACUACAGGGCUCCAGAGAUUAUUUUGGGCCUGCCAUUUAGCGAGGCCAUUGACAUGUGGUCACUGGGCUGUGUGAUAGCCGAGCUCUUUCUGGGCUGGCCCCUCUACCCUGGAGCGCUGGAGUACGACCAGAUCCGCUACAUCUCUCAGACUCAGGGCCUGCCCGCCGAGCAUCUGCUCAACAAGGGGACAAAGACCUCUCGCUUCUUCUCCAAAGAGUCCAACUCUCCUUACGCCUCCUGGAGACUAAAGACAACUGAAGAGCACGAGAAAGAGACGGGACUUAAAUCCAAAGAGGCCAGAAAGUACAUCUUCAGCUGUCUGGAAGACAUCGCACACGUGAACUUGGUGCUGAGUCCUGACACCGGGGACAUGCAGGCAGAGAAAGCUGACAGGAGGGAGUUUGUGUCCCUGCUGAAGACCAUGCUGCUGAUCAACGCUGAGGACAGGACUGUUCCCGCCAGCGUCCUCAAUCACCCCUUCCUCACCAUGACUCACCUGCUGGACUACCCACACAGCAACCACGUGCAGUCAUCUUUCCGCAUCAUGGACAUGUGCCACACUCGGCCCAACAACUCCAUUUUUGAUGCUCUGAAUCAAAACACCAUUCAUUUUUCCAGACCCCCUGUCGCCACAGCAGCCCCCUCUGGCCUCCCUCUAGGAUACAGCAACAUACCAGUGCACACUCAGCCUAUGAACCAGUCGGCUCCUUCAGUGUUGCAUCCUGGGAUAGCUUUAACGACUGGGAAUGGUCAGUUUGGGUGCACAGACUCCUUCCCACCUGCCCUCCUUCUUUGUCCUCCCAACAUGCAAGGUAACCUCAACCAACCGGGAGGGUACUCUGUUCCCAUGGUUACCCAGGCCCCUCCCAUACAGCCCUUACCGGUGCGACCUGGUGUAAUUGCUCAGCAGGCUUGGUCGAGCCGGGGUCAGCAGCUGCUCAUCCCAACAGCCUGGCAGCACAUGACUCCAGUGGGACCUCCGCCCUCUCACCCCCCUCCACCACCUCCCCAGUCCUCCCUAACCAGCGACACCACAUCCGGCCCGCAGAGAAUCAGCGACUGGGGCCAUUACACCUCAGUGAUCCAACAGCCUCUCCUGACCAAUCAGAUGCCAUCCCUCUCUGCCCAUCAGCCAAUCAACAUCGGCAUAGCUCACGUUGUGUGGCCGCAGCAAACCAACAAGAGGAACAGACACAGUCACAACAGGAACCUGUCCCACCCCAGAAUCAUCCACACAUCAGUGUGUCGGACCCCCAAGAUGGCCAGUGUUGUUGGACAUGCAGUGGCCCCCAGAGAGCAGCCUCAGAGGGAGCUGCCGCUGGUGCAACCCGUCGUCCCAACUGCAGCCGAAAAUGAAGCAGAGGAGGAAGUGAGCUACUUUAAAGAGGCAGCGCCCAAUGGGAUCAGCCAGCAGGACCGGUCCAGGCCAACAGCAGCGCCACGUAGCCGUACUGAUGGGGACACACCGAGCCCCGCUGCCAGUGUGAUCAGCAUCCGCAGUGACCUGACUGACGGGGAGGAAGAGGAGGAGGAAGAACCUCAGAGGUGCCGUCUGAGGGAGUGCAAGGAAGAGUGUGUGUGUGAGGCAUGCAGAAACACCAGUGUGUCUAUGGAGAGAGUGUGUUCCCUCAGCAGCCCCGACAGCAGCAUCAGCACCAGCUCCUUUGCCUCCAACUCCCUGCAGUCCAGCCCCUCCAUCUCCCCCUGCAAGAGACCCAACAGCAUGUCCGAGGACGAUGGCCACGAGAGCGGCUGCGACACGGUGGAGGGCUCCCCCGCGUCAGACACCUUGACUUCCCCGCGUGGCAACAGUCCCUACCGUUACCUGGACAACAGUAACCACAACAACCGCCCAUCUUUGGCUGCCAUGGUCGCACCACUGCCUUCCCCUGCAGUGCAGGGCAGGAGCCCCCGCGGCGUCAGGACUAUGGUGGUUCCACCAAUGAGAAUGCAGAGCAACAACAGCCAUGGGACGGAGGAGCGUGCUCAGAGAACAGACUCCUGGUCCCGGUCCAAAGGGCGCUGCAGCCUCGUAGGACAACAGAGCACUCCCUCUUCCUACACCCUCCUCCCAUCCGCCCCCCUCAUUUCCCGGCAGCAGAAAAUGAGCGGGCACCAGCAUCAGCACCCUCUGGGCUUUGGACAGGUGCCGCCAUACGGUUCAAACCUCAGCAACAAGGAGUGGAACGGCAACUAUGGGCCUCUGCGACCGCACGCCUACAUCCCCCCCACGGUGCACACACACACCUUCACACACCUGCAGCACAGCAGCCCCACGCACACCUCCGCCAUCCCGCACACACACACCCUUCUGUCCUAUCCUCCCAGCGCCUCUCACCACCCCCACCCCAUCCUGCCCUCUCGUCCUCCCCCUCCCCCCCUCCUGCAGCACAGCUACGGUCUCUCCCAUCCGCAGGGCGGCGCUAUAGUGCACCAGGUCACCCUGGGUAUCAGCCACCACCCUGGACACCCGGCCCCCCACCCGCACAGGCUCCUCCCCUCCCCCACCAUCCACCCGCACCACCAGCCCGGCUACGCCCACCACCACCACCCACACCAGUUCAAGCCCCCGUUCCCGCCGCCGCACCCGUAUAUGGCUUCCCCCGCCGCAUACACAGGCUUCCCUCUGAGCCCCACCAAGCUCAGCCACCACCCCCAGUUCUCCUAUAUCUGAGGAGCAAGGGGGGGCCGCAGCACUACCUUCUAGUGAGGAAGGGCAACGGGAAGUGGAGCGGCGCUGCCACCUGGGCGGGGAGGGCCGGCAGCAGAGCACAACAUGGACACCUGUGAGGAGGAAGAGGAGGAUGUACAAUGAGAAGGAAAAAAAAGCGAUAUUGCUGAAGAUUUUCCAAUUUUUCUAGGACGUAGAAAUUUAGGAUCACAUCAAUGAUCAUGUUUGAUUGUGAAAGACUUCCUACGAAAUCAUGGGGCGGUUUUUAAUCAAAGCUUUAUGAGAGCGCGUCAGAGAGAGUGGAUCAGAGUCUGAGGAUGAGGAAAUGAUAAUUAAGAAAGAGUCUGUUGCACAUUACCUCCUGUCGUUUGUUUAACAAGUGUUCAGAGAGCUAAUUUUCGGCGGGAUUUGUUGUUGUUGCUGUCAGGGUACCCCCCUUUAUCUUCGUUGCCUUGUAGCGUGUGCUAGCCGCUCAGUCUGUUAAGCCAUCCCAGUCUGUAUUAGCAGGAUGGGACGCUCCUGUUUUGUUUCCGGGGCAGACCUUACUGCUGCCGUCGCCUUGUGCCUUAAAAACCCAGAGUCUCUGACGUUACUUCAGGAGCUUUUUAGAUAGUACUUUUUUUUUUAAACGGGCUUGCAGCACUUUGCCUUCAGACUCUGAACAUGAUGGGCUUAUUGGAUAAAUAACGCUUGUGGUAAUGUGUUUUUAAUACUUUCAGUUUGCUUUCUAACUCAGAGUACGGAUUUACUUUAGCUAGCGGCUGCACAUUUUAGGGCUUUGACUGAAUGAGCUUUUAAAUGUACAUAAAAGAGUGAUUUGAUAUUUUGAUAAUCAAUUUCUAUUCACUAUAGUACUUAAUUCAUAACAGUAUUGUCACUGUUUACUGUAACUGCAAUACAAUCUAGAUAGCCUCUGGGUUGCUGUGUUUUUAUUAUUUAGCAUUAAUAGUUUUUUGGGAGUGGCAUAGACUAUGUUUUGACUUUUAAAUGCUUCUCAGUGUUUGAUAACCUAUCGACUUACAGUAUCACUGCUGGCCUAUUGAGUGUUAGAUGUGUAGCGGUGGUUGUUUGAAAUAUUCUUUAGUUUUUUUGUCCAUGUAUUGAAGCCUGUUGUCAGUUUUUAAUACAUUCCUUCAGGGUGGAUGCAUAGCCUUGAUUUGUUUGUGUGUUUUCGUUGAUUUCCAGUGUGUAGUAUAGCUGUCUCUACCUGUCAUAUCAGCUGGUAUUUUACUCCAAUCAGCACCAAAGACUGUUCAGUAAUCAUUUCUAUAAAAAGCAUGGUCAAUACUAUUUCUCCUUUCACCUCCAGCAUACUGUUGCAAAUUGGAAUAUAUUGUGAGAUCUCUAUUUUAAAAAAUAAAGAAUUAGGUUGAGGUUUUUAUUUUUCUGAGCUAUGUUUGGCUAAUCGUAUUUGGAAUGUAUAGAUAAUAAGCUGCUAUGUACUGAUUAUCUGCCACUUCGUAGCUGUGAAUUUAGAGGAAUAAUCUCAUUCUAGCCUCUUUUGUAUUGUAGUUCUGAUUACUAGAUACAAUAGAAGUGGGUUUUCUCUUAUAUAGUAUAUUGAAUGCUAUUCCUAUAUGCUAGUGCCUCUGUAUAUUGGCUUUGUUUUGAAGUGAUUGUAAACUGCUGUAAUGGAAGUUUUAUUUUAUAUAUGUGUGUGUGUGUGUGUGUGUGUGUGUGUGUGUGUGUGUGUGUGUGUGUGUGUGUGUGUGUGUGUGUGUGUGUGUGUGUGUGUGUGUGUGUGUGUGUGUGUGUGUGUGUGUGUGUGUGUGUGUGUGUGUGUGUGUGGCGUCAGUAUUUCAAACGUAGGCUGGGUUCACUGUUGGAUUCUGUAACCGGUGUGUCGUUGAUGUGUUUUAUUUUUUGCUGAUGACAUGGCUUUUAUUUCCGUUUAUUGGACUGUAUUUGCAACUCUUCGUACUGUACAACUAGUGCCUUUCCUUAAACAAGCGGCUGACCCAUAUCAAAGCAGUCGCACAUCUGUAGACUAGUUCCCCCUGAGGGGAUCAGCUCCUACUUUCACAUCACAAAACCCCAAAGUUGUUUUGUUUGUUGGACUCGAGAUGAGGUCUGGAAACACUCCUCUUCUUUGAACAGAAUCCUAAGAAAGUACAAGUCAGGGAAAUGUUUUAUUGCGCUCACCAAGAACAACGUGCAGUACUCAAAGACACGGGGGCCUGAAAAUACACAAAAGCAAAGCUUUAUCCUCACAUCGUGAAUGUAUUUGUGACACAAUUCUGUUUUUGGUUUGCAAAUGAUGGCUACACAGCGUUUUCACUCGUCUUGUGAUUAAGAUGUUGAUAGUUCUUGUAAUGCAGCUAUUACCACAAGUAGAUAUCAUGAUGUGUUUCUAGUCUUUCAAAAUGCUUUAUCCAUCAAUUAUACUCAAAGUUUAGGUCCAAAGUUGUUUCCUUCCUCAUGUACAACGGCUGCCACCAUGACAAAAAAAAAAGCUCAGUCUCCUUUUUUCUAUCAAGACACAUUAAAUCCUUAUUUUUUGAGAUAAAAAAACCCACAUUUCUACUGAAAAAUGUGGAGGUAAAAACAGGAAAAAUAUCUUGUUAUGGCGUGAAAUAAUCAUGUGAAAAACAGACGUUUGUAAUUAUCGAUGAGAAGCUGAGCAAAGGUUUUUUUUUGUCAUGGUGCUUUUCUUUAUGUAUUACAUUGUAAUGGUUUUGUUGCUUAAGCAAAGGGGUGUGUUAGUGUACUCGUCUAAUCUGCUACUGUGUUGACGAUGCUUAGACAAACGUGAGGAUGCACUGUUCAGCAGUGCAGCCUAGAGUUAUAAUUAAUGUGUGGCACAGUAAUCUGUACUUUAUCUUCUAUUUUAUUUUUAUUAUUUUAACCCUGUAGUGUUCAGCCUCGCAUGUAUUCCCAUAUGGCUCCAAUCUUUGUCAGCUCAGCACCUGGGAUGAGAUGGACUCACCUCGGUGAUGUCCCACGCCGUAAUCCCCCACCACUCUGGGUUGAUUGUUUAUAAUCCCUCCACCACGCCGCCAGUUACAUCAUCAGGAUAAGCAGAAGGUCAUAGAUCUAAAGCCAGCAGUCUUAAGUAACACAUUAGGCCUUAGGAUGGUUAUUUUUCUCAUAUGGAAUUAAAAAACAAUUGGGUUACAUUUAUACACAAUAUUUCAGAGUCAAGGGUGCUUUCAGAUAUUAAGGCCUGUUUUUUGCAGGAAUGAGCUCUAAAACCCGGAAGGGAGAUAGCAUUUUACCACCUCUGAUCUUGAAGUCAAUGUUUCUUUUAACGCGUUUCUUGUUGAAUGCCUGAAAUAAGUUCUGUAGUCAACACAAGCUUUAGAGAUCUUCACUUUUUGUCAGUAAGGACCCAACUCGUAAAUGUCUGAAGCUUCUAUAAAUCUAUAAAAACAGUGGUUGCUAAAAAGUAUCUAAAUAAACUACUAACCACCAUCCUACCGGACAUUAGCCCCCUUUAGUUUAGCAGUAGUGACGUAGUCAUGCGACAAGGUUGUAGUUUGUUUCUAGCAUACAGUCAGCUUUUUACUUUUGGCAUUUAUGCUUUAAAAUAAAAAUGUAAAAGUGGUGUUACUUUCUGGAGAUUAUCCUACUGACAGUUGCAGGAAUGAGUACUAAAACCCGGUAAUGAGUUAGCGUUAGGACUAACCAUCUCAUUGGGGUACUGGGCUGAAUAAGAAAUUUGACUCCUGAGACACGUUUUAGGUAGAUUUUGUACCACAACUAUAAUUAUGGGGUUAUUGUAUUUAGACACAAAUAUACAUGAUUGGCUAAAAUUGAAACUGUUACUGUUCUAAAUAUGCGUAUCUUGUGUGGCUUUAUGAUAUUAAUUUUUUGAUUUUAUUUUAUUCUUUAAUGCUACACUAGUUUGACAAUGUAGCAACUGCACUGUGCAAUAUACAAAAAUAUGAGGACUGGGAAAAAUGAUUAUUGUUUGGAUGUAAUAAUGUGUGUCUUAGCAGUUUGCGGUCGUUUUUCUUUCCCCCCUCUAGUUCUCAGUGAGUUUCAAUGUGACCAAGCCUUAUGUACCUUGUCACAAAAAGCGGGUUCCUUCUUGGUGACUCUUUAUUAGUGAGUGUCAAAUUAAUUGAUGGUGUACUAUGUCAAGAUUCACUUUUAAUUAAAAAAGAUCUUUUGCUUCAA